CUCAGUUUCGCCUUGAAUUCUUCAGUAUAUCUCUAAUGGCUAUGAUAAGCUUACUUGAAAUCUCAGUUUCUUUCCUUUCUCUCUCCCUUUUCUUUGGAUACCUCUUGAUUAGAAUGAAACCUCACCAUUCAUUUCCCACGAACUGGCCAUUCCUUGGUAUGCUUCCCGGCCUACUCGUAGAGAUGCCUCGUGUUUACGACUAUAUAACCGAGUUUCUCGAUGCCUCAAACUUGACUUUUCCUUUCAAAGGCCCAUGUUUCGGUGGUCUCGACAUGUUGAUCACCGUAGAUCCGGCUAAUAUUCACCACAUCAUGAGCUCACACUUCGCGAAUUACCCGAAAGGAUCCGAGUUCAAGAAGCUAUUCGAUGUUUUGGGAGAUGGGAUUUUCAACGCGGAUUCUGAUUUAUGGAAGGAUCUGAGGAAGUCAGCUCAAAGCAUGAUGAGUCAUCCUGAGUUUCAAAGGUUUACGUUAAGAACAAGCAUGAGUAAGCUAGAGAAAGGGCUUGUCCCCAUUCUUGAUCACUUUGCUGAGAAGAAACUUGUCGUCGAUUUACAGGAUUUGUUCCAAAGAUUCACCUUCGACACUACAUUUGUUUUAGCGACCGGGAUUGAUCCAGGUUGUCUCUCCAUUGAAAUGCCGGAAAUCGAGUUUGCUAGAGCUUUAGACGAAGCAGAGGAAGCUAUAUUUUUCAGGCAUUUCAAGCCGGAGAUUGUUUGGAAGAUGCAAAGGUUUCUUGGGUUUGGAGAUGAGUUGAAGAUGAAAAUUGCACACUCGACUUUCGAUCGAGUUUGUUCUAAGUGCAUAGCUUCAAAGAGAGAUGAAAUAACUAGUGGUGUUACUAGCAUCGACUCUUGUUCUAAAGAUUUGUUAAUGUCUUACAUGGAUGUAGACACAACCAAGUACAAGUUGUUGAAUCCAGAUGAUGACAAAUUCCUUAGGGACAUGAUUUUAAGCUUCAUGUUAGCGGGAAGAGACACCACAGGUUCUGCUCUCACUUGGUUCUUCUGGCUUCUCACCAUGAAUCCAGAAGUAACGACCAAGAUUCGUGAAGAAAUCAACACAAAAAUAUCUCCAAGAACCAAAAAUGAUUCUGAUCAUUUCUCUUCAUUCAAUCCCCAAGAACUAAACAAGUUGGUGUAUUUACAUGGUGCCUUGUGUGAAUCCCUCAGGCUAUAUCCGCCAGUUCCAUUUCAGCACAAGUCUCCUACAAAACCCGACGUUCUUCCAAGCGGACACAGAGUCGAUGCAAGUACGAAGAUUGUGUUCUGUCUGUACUCACUAGGGAGAAUGAAAUCGGUGUGGGGAGAAGAUGCAUUGGAAUUCAAACCGGAGAGAUGGAUUUCGGAAACUGGAAGGUCGAUACAUGUGCCAUCUUUCAAGUUCUUAUCGUUUAAUGCUGGUCCAAGGACUUGUUUGGGGAAAGAAGUGGCUAUGACGCAGAUGAAGACAGUGGUUGUGAAAAUCAUACAAAACUAUGAGAUAAAGAUCGUUGAAGGACACAAGAUUGAGCCAGUUCCUUCGAUAAUUCUUCACAUGAAACAAGGCCUUAAAGUCAUGGUCACUAAGAGAUGUAAUUUGGUUUGAACGUUAUUCAAUACUUUUGUAAUAUAUACUAUGGAAGUGACUGAAGUUCUAUAAAAUAUUGUGACUCAGUAUAAUAGAAUUAUUAUGCGACAUA